AUGACGCUUCCUUUGCCAGGUGAGAUCCCGCCCGGAGGAAGAAGGAAGGAGGCUCGGGCCUGGGACUAGGAGGCGGAGGCGGGCUCCGAACCAAGAAGAGGGGGUUCCCAGCUUGAGCCGGAGCCUGAGAGUUUGCCUGCCCGGUUCAGCGAGGACCACGAGAUGCCGGUCCUGAAGCAGCUGGGCCCCGCGCAGCCCAAGAAGCGGCCGGAGCGCGGCGCUCUGUCCAUCUCCGCGCCGCUCGGCGACUUCCGGCACACUCUGCACGUGGGGCGCGGCGGCGACGCCUUCGGAGACACUUCGUUCCUGAGCCGCCACGGCGGCGGGCCGCCCCCUGAGCCCCGGCCGCCGCCCGCGGGGGCCCCGCGCUCCGCGCCGCAGCCCCCGCCGCCCGCCCUCCGCGCGCCAGCGCCCGCCGACCCGCUGCUGUCCUUCCACCUGGAUUUGGGCCCCUCCAUGCUGGACGCAGUGCUGGGCGUCAUGGACGCGGAACGCCCGGGCGCCGCCGCCGCCGCCAAGCCCGACGUGGACCCCGGCCCCGGGGCGCAGCACCCUAGUGCCCGCUGCCUCCCCAACGCGGACCUCGAGCUGGACGACGUCAUCGGCCUGUAGGCACCCCCAUUCCCUGCGCCCUUACCGUCCAGCGCCCCACUUCUUUAUACAUAAACCGACAAGGUCUGUG